AUGGGAAUUCUCGCCACUUCGAGCACAAACGACUCCAUCAUUAUACCAGCGGGAUUUUACGUUGUCGGAUUUACGGAUUUAAAGUUUGCUGAUAUAUAUUCAAUUUUCCUCGGCUUCAUUUAUAUUGUAACAGUUUUGUGUAACUCCUUCAUCAUUUCCAUUAUAUGGAUGGAUCAUCGCCUGCACACUCCAAAGUACAUUGCUGUGGCUAAUUUAGGCGUUGUUGACUUGAUGAGCAGUACAUCCUUUAUUCCUAGUGCAAUCAAGACUGUUUUCACGAGAGAUACCUUCAUGUCCUACGACGCAUGCCUUACACAGAUGUUUUUUUAUUACUUCUCUGUAGUAUUAGAGUCAUUUUCCCUCACUGUACUUGCCUAUGACAGGUUAAUUGCGAUAUGUUUCCCACUGAGGCAUAAUUCAAUCAACACUCCCACAAGCAUGAUCAGUAUUUUAGCGAUCCUUUGGGCGGUUUUUGUCAGCAUCAUGUUGUUCUUGGUCUUGAUCUUGACAAAACUGUCUUUUUGUGAUUCUCUCACAGUGUACUACUUUGUCUGUCAGUACUCGGGUGUGUUCACUCUAUCGUGCAAUGAUCAUACAAUGCAGUGGACCGCUGCCUCUGCUCUGGCUAUUCUGCUUUUCUUUGUGCCCCUUAGUUUAAUCCUCUUGUCAUACGUGUUUAUUUUGAGAGCCGUCUUUAGAAUGAAGACCGUGGACAGCAGGUUCAAAGCGCUUGCAACGUGCACAGAACAUCUUUUCCUUGUGGCGAUUUUCUAUGUGCCGAUCAUAACGCUGUACACCAUCGAACUGUUCUUAUUCCACAUUGACCCAAAUGUCAGAAUCGUGAACUUGUCCUUAGCCACCUGCAUCCCGUCCUGUCUGAACCCCAUUGUGUAUUCCCUGGCAACAAAGGAAAUCAGGAGCAGAAUACUGGCUAUGCUCCAGAAAGUCAAAGUAGCAGCCUGGGUAGGGCAGGCAUAG